CACUUGCUUGAAGCUCUCCGUGCGUGUGUGGUUUGUGUGUGUGUGAGUGCAUGGUGUUGUCCCUGCCGUCUGCCGUGCUCCCACAACCAUGUCUAAGAAAUUAAAUCUGUUCGACGAUAAUUCGGACGACGAUGGCGAAGAAGCAAGUCUCUCAAUUAAUAAGGGCUACGCUAAACGCUACGAGGAAUGGCGGGAGGCCGAGGUGAAGCGAACUCUGGAGAAUAAACUUGCUAGCGGGCAUUAUGAUGAUGCUGACGAGUCGUCUUCAGAGGAGGGCGAACCUGAUCCAGAUCCAGAGGAGCUGAAUCAGGUACUGUCAAAAGACUUUUUUGAAUUAAUAUCGGGCCUUAAGAGUAAGGAUCCUAAAAUAUACAACCCAAAUGUUGAAUUCUUUAAAAAAGAGAAAGAAGCUCAAUCAAGCUCUGCUGGAAAGGCAACUAAGAAGCAACCAAAGGAGAAGCCCUUGUAUCUACGAGACUAUGAGCGCAAAAUUAUAACCGAAAGGCAGGGUGAACUGAGCGAUGAAAGUGACACAGACAUUAAAGAAGACCCAAGGUCCCAAAGUCCAACAUAUGUGGAAGAGCAACGUCAGCUGAAAGAAAGUUUUAAGAAAGCUCUCAAUGAUGAUGAUGAGAGUGGUGAUGAGGGUGGACUUCUGAAAAAGAAAGAAAAAACCAAAGCAGAACAAAAAAAAGAAGAGGAGGAUUACAUAGAGUGGCUGAAAGGAAACAAAGCAUCUCUACCCGAUAAGGAAACUGAAGAAUCUUUGAAAGGAUUAAAAAAUAUAUGGAAUGAUCCCAAUCUUGACGAAGGAGAAAAGUUUCUCAGAGACUAUGUUCUUAACAAAAGGUAUCUUGAGGCUGAUGACGAACCUGUUGAUGAUGGCAAUGUGACUGAUGAUGACUAUCAAGAUAAAUACAUGGAUAGUUUUGAACAUAAAUAUAACUUCCGCUAUGAAGAACCAGACAGAGAAUUUCUCAAGAGAUACCCCCGCACAAUGGAGCAAUCGGUACGUCAUCGGGAUACCAAGCGAAAAGAGAAGCGUGAUGCGUUAAAGAAGAGGAAAGAAGAGGAGAAACUGGUCAAGCGUGAAGAACUUAAAUUGCUCAAGUCCUUAAAACGGAAAGAAAUUAUGCAAAAGAUUGAACACAUUAAGCAAAUUACAGGAAAUGAUGAGCUGGGUCUAGAUGCUGAUGAAUUGGAGGAAGAAUUUGAUCCUGAGGCACACGAUAGAAAAAUGAAAGAAUUAUUUAAUGAUGAUUAUUAUAAGGAUGAGGAUGCUGCUGAGGAUGAGGAAGGGCUGCACUUGCCUCCACUUGAAGAAGAGCUGCUGGAUGAUGAAGACGUCCCUGAUGGUAAUUGGGACAACUGGGACACCACUGAGAAUAAUGAUGCCUCUGCUGCCUCUCAAGGGGAGGGAUAUGUUCCUCAUUGUGAAGAUCCAGAUUUCAAUAUGGAUUGUGACUAUGAUCCUGCUACAGCUGCCACAGCCAAGGCUCAGAAGGAAUCGAAACGCAUGUCAGCACGAGAAAAGAGGAAGUUGAAAAGACAGUCACGGUUUGGAAGGCUUGUUCAUAAAGAGAAGCCUGUGUUUGAUCCCAAAGACAAAACAUUCCAGCAAUAUGUGGAUGAAUAUUAUGGCAUGGAUUAUGAGGAUUUAAUUGGUGAUAUGCCCUGCCGAUUCAAGUACAAAAGUGUUUUCCCCAAUAGCUAUGGUUUAACCAUUGAUGAGAUUCUAGCAGCAGAUGACAAAGAACUUAACCAGUGGGUGUCCAUAAAGAAGGCCUAUACAAUUCGACCUGAGAGUACAGAGAGAUAUGAAGCCAAGGUUUAUGCUGAAAAAGCCCGAAAUGAGGAGCUGAAGAGAAAAAUUUUACCUAGUCUAUACAAGCAUGAGACUGAACAUGUGAAUGAAAAUGAUGAAAAGGACAAAAAGAAGAAGAAGAAAAAGAAACAUAAUAAAGAUAAAAGCAAAAAUGCAGAUGGUACUUUAGUGGAAGAUGCCAUUGAAACUGAUGAUCAGACAACAUUGCAAGCUGAGGGUAGUAGUAAAAAGAAGAAAAAGAAACAGCAGCCUAUGACUGAUAAAGAUGAAAGCACAGUUGGUGCUCUAGCUGGAGAUGCCAAUGAAACUGUAGACCUCCACCCUUUCACAUCCCAAGCUCAGGAUAGUGGUAAAAAGAAGAAAAAGAAACAGCAGCUUAUCACUGGUGAAGACGGAAGUACAGUUGGUGAUCAAGCUGGAGAUACCAACAAAACUGUUGACCUUCACCCAUUCACAUCGCAAGCUCAGGAAAUAAAAAGCAGUAAAAAGAAGAAAAAGAAACAUCAGCUCAUUACUAAUGAAGAAGGAAGUACAGGAGUUGCUCUAGAGGGAGAUACAAGCAUUAGUAAAAAGAAGAAGAAGAAAGAAUUUAACAAGAUUGAAACAGCUACUGCCCAAGGUGUUAACAAUGAGACCACAAGCAACAAAAUGAAACGUAAACAUUCAGACAGUGGAGUUCAGCAUCAGAAUGGUGUCAAGAAAGCCAAAACCAGUUUUAGUCAAAGAGGUGGUGGUGGUAAAAAGAAUUGGAAGGGCAAUGCGAAACAGGAACAGAACAUUUCUGAUUCACGUCUAAAAGCUUAUGGACUGAAUCCAAGAAGAUUCAAAAACUUCCAGAAAUAUGGGCCUGAAAAGUGAAAAUGUUAGACCUCCUACCUAUGUAUAUUAUUGAAUUAAAAUGCUGUGACACUA